AGUCAGUGCACUUCUUCUUCUUCUUCUUGUUCUUUUUGCUUUUGUAUCGAGACUCUUUUUCUCUCUGUAACAAGGAUACCAAAACCCACAUAAAAACUCUCGAAAGAUAUGGCACAAGUCUGUUGGGAUGUCACCGUCACCAAUGAUGGUGAACGGAUUCUUUGCAAAGCUCACGGAGCUGAUCAAUGUCAAGCCUGCAAUGUGGAUUGGGCUGACCACAAUGCUCUUGCCACCACAUUGAAACACGUGAAGGAAUUACCGCCACCCAAUGCACCUAAUCCCGUGCGCAAUGCUCAGGUGACUCGGCUCAAGGAAGAAGGUAACAAGCAUUUCAAGACGGGCAAUUACGAUGAAGCUAUUCGAUUCUAUACCAUGGCCGUCGACCUGUCGUGGUCUCGUCCUUUGUGGGAACCUCUUGCAUUUCAGUACGUUCGUGAAGAACUGGCGCCGGUACUCAGCAAUCGCUCUGCUGCCCAUCUCGCGUUGAAGAACUAUGUCGAUGCUUAUGUGGAUGCGGAAAUGGUGACGCGGCUCAAGCGUGAAUGGAGCAAGGGUUGGUUUAGAAAAGGCAAGGCUCUUUACGGAUUAGGUCGAGCCGAGGAAGCAGCAGAAGCCUUUCAAACAGGAUUACGUUUCGAUCACGAAAGCGAAGAAUUGCAAAACGCAUUGAAAGAAAUUGAAGAUGUUUCCAUCUAAUAUAAAAGAUAUCAAUAUUACUCGCUCACUCACACACUCACUCUCUGGCAAACUCAAACGGAACUGCAACAAGAAAAAUGGCGACCUUUUUUUUAUUUUAUUUUUUCCCAGACCAUGCUGGCUUUGUGAGGGACAGUUUUGAAGUCAUUGAAAGAAAAAGUCUCAAUUUGAACGUGGGCAUAUCGAAAUACAUUGGAUGAAGGGAGAAACAGUCUCUAUUGAAAGUUUUAGCUUUUUGUGAAUCGGACAUAUAAAAAAUAAAAUAAAUCAGAAAUAUACAACAUUCAC